CCCCGCCCCCGGUAUACGGUAAGUAGUGCAAAUUCCGGCCUGUCCUCUGCUUCUUGCCACGGCAAAAUUCUCACCACCCAGGAAAGAAAAUGGAUGGUUUCAAAGAUUCUGAAAACGACGGAGAGAAUUGCAGCGAAGAAUUGCCUGUUGUGUUCCAGUGUCAGGGCUGUAGAUCAAUUUUGAGUGAUUCACUGGCUUUCCUUACAGCAAAUGAUGAUUUGAAAUCUAUCACCGUAAAUCGAGUAAACUCUUCUGUUGGGCUCUCAACAAGACGAAUAACAUCAACUCACGGUGUGGACCAAGGAAGUACAUACAGUCCUGUGGAAUGUAAGGCAUGCCAUAAUGUAGUGGGGAAGGUUUACAAAACAACUCCAAGACUCCUGGAUGACCUUAGGGAUUACUACACCUUAGAUGCCAGCAAACUUUUAAUUUACCAAAUAGGAUCUUCCACUACAAGCCUCUUAGAAGAUGACCCUUCUCGUUCUGUUCCAAAUAUCACCGAUCUAAGGACAUUGAAAGACACAGUACUGAAGCUCCAGGUAUUGAUGUGCACCAUGCACCAGAGGAUAGCAAAUAUUGAGCAAUCCCUCGAGAUCGAGAACACCCAACCAGCCGGACCACACCAAGGCCUCCCGCAGGCCCUCGGUUCAAAACCCAUGCAGAAUCAACAGAACCAGACUGGAGUAAUCACCAGCAACCAUGAGAGAUUGCACGUUUUAUCGUCGGUGAAUGAUGGUAGAGACAGAUCGAUGGAAACUCUUCCGAAGACAAAGUCCCAGGAGCAAAGCGGUGACUCGUACAGAAGUGAGGAUGUACGAGAAAGGCGGAAGAUAAGGGAGAGAGGCACAAAGAGAUUGAAGAAAUCUGGGAAUGAUUGAAUGCUGUGUGCAGGAUGAAUGUCUUUUACAAACUUUUUGAGACUGCUAGGAUACAGCAUUACCAAUGAAUGGUACGAGUGCCCUCAUUACUGCGCAGUUCCCAUGAUCCCCCUUUUCAACUCUUUGGGUUGUUCUGUACAUGUAGUUCCGUAGACCAUUUUUCACACUGCCUGGGGCC